AGUUUUGUUUUUUGCUUUGAGUCGUUAGCCAGUGAUUUUCCUUAGCUGCAUUUCUUUCCUUUCCUUUCCAUAAUUUUUGCCCCGCUUUAUAAUUAAAUACUUUAAAUUCCGGAGCUUGAAAAAAACUCCCUGUGCCUAGGAAAGUGGAGCUUGCUGAGACCCAGCCAGAGUGCCCGGAUGUGUAUCAGAAUUCAUGUAAUCCCAAAGUGAACUAGAGGCUUAGUUUAGGAAACUGGAGUCUCUGGGAACAGGUAGGAAAGUGACUUUUUUUUUUUUUGAAAGAGAGUGCCGUGCAUAAGGGAGAUAGGAAACAGACAUCCACUGACCCACCCUCAACAAAUGCUGAAGGAGAUUUUGGCUGGAGGGUCAGCCAGAUGAGAGGGUUGAUGGACUGCAGACUUUUUGCUUUAUGAACUUAAUUAUGGCUUCCCCGUCAAGGAGUAUGGGGAGACCUCGCCAUACACAGGAAAUCUCUGUUGACUUGGAAUCUGUGCUUGAUUGCCUCCAUCACAGUGAUGAAUACCUUUGCCUGUAUAAUGAAGAUAGAAACUUACUUCGAAUUAGAGAGAAGGAGAGACGCAACCAGGAGGUUCACCAAGAGAAAAAAUCCUUCCCUGUGAAUGCACCUCUCUUUGGAGAGCCCUACAAGACUAGCAAAGGAGAUGAGUUGUCCAGUAGGAUUCAGAAUACAUUGGGUAAUUAUGAAGAAGUCAAGGAGCUGAUCAGUACCAAAAACCAGAAUCUCUUUGGUAUCCCUGAAGAAAGUAGCAUCCCUUUAACCCCACAAGGAAAAUCUAGAUAUUUAUUCUAUCCUGAGAAGACUAAUAGUGUCCCACAGUUACCAUUUUUCAAUAGUAUCCAUCACCAAGUUAUUAAUACUCCUGCCUCUGGGCCUUCUAUUUACAUCCCUUCUCACUGUCCAAAAGCAACUCAGUCAAGAAUGGAACCAGCUUUGAGCUUACACAUCAAAAGUGAUGGUAUGUCCGGCAUUCAGCACCAUUACAACGGUCAGGAACGCCAUCAUAGGAGUGAGAGCAAGAAAGAUGAGUGCCGGCCUGAAGGAACCCCUUGUGUGGAGCUUUCAGACUCAGCGCUAGAGAUGGGAGGUUCUCUCUUGUCAUCUGCAUUGUCUUCCUCAGUUGCACCAUUGGCAUCUCGACAUUCCAACCAACCAGCUGGGUCCAGGAUGCUGGGAGGCAGCAAGGGUAGUAAUAAGGGCUGUGCCCAAGCUAAAUCUCCCAUGCACCUAGCACUCGAGUCUAAAGAGGAAGAGACACUGCCCUACAGUUUGGCUCUAGUCACUGGCUUAGGGAUACCAACUUCCCAGCCUCCCCCUCAAACCUUUCCCCCUCCCUCCCUGCCCUCAAAAACCACAGCCAUGCAGCAGAAGCCUACAGCGUAUGUUCGGCCCAUGGAUGGUCAGGAUCAGGCACCAAGUGAGUCACCUGAGCUGAAACCACUGCCCGAAGAUUACCAUGGACAUUCCUAUGAGAAAAUGCCAGGUUUUAAAGUGACUGCCAAAGCCAAACUCUCUAAGUUGAAAAUGCCUCCAGAGUCUACGGAGCAGGCCUUCCCAAAUGAAGUACACUGUGUUGAAGAAAUAUUAAAGGAAAUGACCCAUUCAUGGCCUCCACCCUUAACAGCAAUCCAUACUCCUAAUACUGCUGAAUCUUCAAAAUUUCCUUUCCCAGCAAAGGAAUUUCAGCACAUUGAAUCUGUAUUGCAGAACCACAAACAGCAUGGUACAUCUUCAAAAACAUGUUCUAAUUCUCAGCCGGCAACAUCGAUGUUAGAAGAUGACCUUCAGAUCAGUGACAGUGAAGACAGUGGUGAUGAGCAAGCUCCCGAGAAACCCCCUCCUUCAUCUGCUCCUGCAAGUGUUCCGCAGUCCCUUGCAGACAGUGUGGUUUCAGCACAUUCCAACAAUACAGAAUCAGAGAGCACCAGUGACUCUGACAGCUCUUCAGACUCGGAGAGUGAAAGCAGCUCCAGUGACAGUGAAGAGAAUGAGCCCCCAGAACCUCCGGCGCCUGAGCCUGACCCACCCACAGCAAAUAAAUGGCAGCUGGACAACUGGCUUACCAAAGUCACUCAACCACCUGUAUCAGCAGAGAACCUCAGUGAAAUGGGGCCCCACCACCAAGCCCAGGAAGUCCAGGGACAAGGCAGCAAUAGCACCAGUGGUCAUGAGCAUUCUGUCUCCAGUGAACCCCACCCCUCUAAUUCCAGUAAAGCCCCCAGGACUAUUCCUGAAGUUCCCCAUCCUGGCAAGAGAAACUACCCAAAGUCUGUCACACAACAAGGCACUGGUGGACCCCCACAUUGGCAGACAGUUGCUUCAAAACAACCCAAAAAGCCUAUAAAAGCUUCAAUCCAGGAAGGUUUUCAGGAUAACUUGAGGGUGGAAAGUGAGCCAGUCCCUCCACCCGGGUCAAAGGACCAGUCUUCCAAAGAUAAGCCCAAAGUCAAAACGAAAGGAAGGCCUCGAUCUUGUGGGGAUAGACAAGAAAAGUCAAAGUCUGUGUCAGCUCCUUGUGAAAAGAAGCAGCCCAAAACUUGUCACCCAGUGCCUGUGAAAGAACCCUUGGACCCUGAACCCACCAAGAACAAUAUGGGUGAUCAGAGACUGGACCGUUUCCCUGACAGUCCCCAGAUUCAGAACCAGGGUGCCACCCAAGGCAGUAGCAGCAGGGGUAGUGGUUGUAAAGCAUCUUUGAUUGUUCAAGAGGAACUUGCUGGGAGUAAGGUCCAAUUGCCUUUCAGAGACACCAAGUCACUCAGGGAUACCCCUCUCCUCCAAAGCCUGGUAGUGAAGAUAGACCUAGCCUUCCUUUCUCAUGUGCCCAAGACAUCUGGGAAGGGGUGCCAGCCAAAGAAAAUGGAACACAAACCACUCCCAACUGGGAAUAAGCAGGAGUCCGAGAAUAGGAACACAGAGAAGCCAAAUAGAUCGAGCACAAAGAGAAAGGGAGAAGCAGAAAGAGACCUUGAUGGCAAGAAAAUAAAACUGGAGAAAGAGACCAAAGUCUGGUCAUCAUCUUCUGCUCACAAAGACUCUAGUAAAACAAGAUUGUCGAAGCCCUCCUCAGACUUGCUGAAGAAGGAGCUACCGCCACCACCAUCUGUGUCUCCUUCCCACAGACCAGCCAAGAAUGUACAUAAAAGACCAAGGAAUGAAAGCCACUCUUGUGUUCAGGGGCACUCCAAAAGUACUAGCACCACUAAAGAUAGCCAUAAAGAUUCUUCUUCUUCUAAGUAUAAGAAAGUGGAAGGAAAGCCUUCUGGAAAUUCUACAAGUAAUAAAGUGUCUCCAGGUGAUCUUUUUCCUGUGCCUUCUUUGCCCAAUGGUAACUCCAAACUCACGAAGCAUCAAGUCAAGUUUGAAAAACAUGUUGCUGAUUUUCACCUGAAGGAAGCCAAAAAGUUGAAGCACAAGGCUGAGUCAAUGUCAGACAAGGUUGGAAAAGCAUUUAAGUAUUUGGAUGCUGUCCUAUCCUUUAUUGAAUGUGGAAUUGCUUUAGAAUCUGAAAGUCCGACAUCCAAGUCUGUUUACUCCAUGUUUUCAGACACCGUAGAUUUCAUUAAAUUCAUACUAUCAUUAAAAUCCUUUCCAGAUUCCCCAACAUCUACACAGGAGAAAAUUUUCAUUGUUUUAUGCAUGCGUUGUCAGUCCAUUCUUUACAUGGCAAUGUUUCGUUGUAAGAAAGACGCCGCAAUAAAGUAUUCUCGGACCCUUAAUGAACAUUUUAAGAGUUCAUUCAGAAUGGCGCAGCCAGCUUCUUCAGGUGCCUCAAGAAAUAUAAGCACACCAUCACCUCUGUCCCCCAUGCCUUCUCCUGCAAGCUCUGGAGUUUUCCAGCCAGGGUCAAGUGGCAUCAGCGCAACUGUCAGCACCCCUGUUGUGAUCCAAAAUAUGACCUCUUCCUACGUCACUAUCACUUCCCAUAUCCUUAAUGCAUAUGAUCUUUGGGAACAAGCUGAUGCACUCGCAAGGAAGAAUACAGAAUUCUUUACAGAGCUCAGUGCAAGUGUCUGCGCCUUGGCCUUGAACAGCAGUCUGGUUGAGCUGGUUCUCUACACCAGACAGGCCUUACAGCAGCUGCGGCAGGUGGCAAAAACACUCUAACCAGCGGCCGGAGUGGCUCAAUGCCUUGUCACACUUUGGAAACCUCAGAAAGAGUGGCUCUCAGCUUCAUUGGGACCCCCAACUCAAGAUGGAAUGAACUACAGUAUGAUAGCAGGGAAUCUGGCCCCACUUCCAAAUCCUGAAACUGUGCCCACAUCCUUUGGGCAGGGCCGUGUGAGUCUAUAAGAGAAAAGACGAAGGAGCUGCAGAGUUGGUGAUUUUCUUUCUUGAAAGACAAAAGUGCAAUGUCUAGCCUUAAGCUGGUUGUGUCUCAAUGGUCUGUAAACAUUUCUCUGGCUUUAUAACAAGCAAGAUAAAAAUUAUAAUUUGAAAAUGAGGCUGAGAAGAAGCAAUUCCAGCUUUGAAAGUAGACACACCUCAUCUCAAAAUCUUCCACAACCCAUUCCUACUAGUAACACAAAGAAUUCUUUCCAUGAUUUUUUUUUAAACAAUGAUUUUUGGAAUAGUAUUUGGGAUGUUGUAUGUCCCAUUCUUUAUUUUUAAAUUUUAUUUAUUUCUUUAAUUUUGAAGAGGAGUGGGGGGUAUUUGUUCCAACUGCCAUACAUUGAAAUGUAAGUUGUGAAGGAUUCUAGGGUUUCACACUGUCUACCCUGUGAAUUAAGGCUUUGAUGAAAUUGAGUAUUUUAGGAGUUCACACACGUUGAGAUAAGGUCUUCUGUACUGCAAGUUAUCUUCUUAAACAUUACUGCUUUGGUUUCUCUAUUACUUCGGGAAAGCCUUAGAAAGAGUUAUUUAUUCUGAGUUAGGAGCUGUAGAAAAGAAUAGAAACAAGAGUUUAUGGAGGCACAUCUUGAUAUCUCCAUUGCUUAUCAGAGUAACUGUAUUCUGCAUUUCCUGUCUUAGUGAAAAGGGAACCAGCCUUUAUUUCUGCCAAGCUUGGUAGCUUAUGGGUUUUUGUUAUUUUUUUCAACUAGAGGUAAAAUAUGAGGGAUUAAACUGUUAAGAUGCCCAGAAACUCAAAACUCUGUCAAAGAAAAAUGAAAUCUAUUUUUGAAUUAUAGGGGCAUUGUUUUGUUUUGGUCACAGGUAAUUUUAUUUUAUUUUCAAGAUUAGAUCCUAAUGAUCUGUAAUUCUGGAGGAAAUUAAUUUCAAGUUGCUGGGGUGGGGGGGCAAGUCCUUUUCUUUCCCAAGAGAAUAUAAAAGUACUGGGGUGAUGAUUCUUGCUUGUUAACAAAUUUUCCACCAUAUCUUGGCUCCAUAACUCUUGAGUCAACCAGACUUGAUUACAUGAACAUAAAAUAAUGCCUUUCCUCCUAAAUUCCUUGCCCUAAUGAUACACAUUUGUUAAUUUCUAAAACUUCCAAAUGGAAGGACUUGGGCAAAGGCCUUAUGUUGCUGAGGAGACAUAUCUGUUGCUCCAAAACUGAAUUUUCCACAUGCUACUGUGAAUCAGAGAAUUGAAACACCAUUUUGACUAUGAUGUAUUUAAAAGCCAAUUCUCCUUGUUGUUCUGUUUCAAAUAGAAACAUUUUCCCUCCCAUACUUGCCCUGGACUCAUCCCAUACAUCCUACAUGAAUAUUUGAAAUUUAAUACUUGAUUUAUUUGAAGUUAAAUUAAUGAGCCCCAAAAUUGCCAGCUGAUAGUAGAAACUUCCUGGAUAAUGGGUUGUAUAGGCUGCAAAUAUCAUAAAAAAGAAAGGGCAAAUUUUGGUAUGUGAAUAUAAAUCCCUUCAAACUGCCCUUAUUCUGUUCUUUCUCAUAUUUUCUUUGGUUAAAGUUCACAGAACAGAAGGUCCAGAGGAAAGACCAGAACAGCAUGUCAGACUAUCCCAGCAUCAGUUCUGAGGCCAAGCCAUGACCCUUUUUAAAAUGUAAUAUUAAGACUAUUGCUAAAUAAGCAAUAACUGUUUGUCAGGUUGGAGGUUUAUAGCAUUCUAUGUAUUCCCCAUUUUGGGGGUCGACUGAGGAACAGCAGUGCAUCUUGCUGGCCAAAUGGGAUCAGUUAGCCGCAUCUACCCUCUAUCCAGGAAGUAGAGGAGAAAAAUACAGCUUGAGGGCGUUGAGUUCUGUUCUUUAUAACAGGUUCUGAUCUAUGCACGUCGGGGUCAGGGUGUGUGAGCUUUUGUGAGCUAAAGUCCAUUUUAGACUACUUCACAGGUGGUGAAAGAGCUGCUUUCUUCUUCAGUGGCCUUGCACUUUUUGGGGGGAGGGGGGUGUUUUAUUUUGAAAAUUCAGUGGUUUUUUGGAAGGUUGAUCAAUUUGCAUAGUUCUAUGUGCACAGUUGUGAGAAUUGUAUGAUUCAGGUUCUUAUUGCAACACACACUGCACCUAUGAGAGAAUUACUUGUGGAUCCCUUUUUAUGUAUUAUAUAAAAUGUAGUGGCUGCUGAAUCCUGUUAAUUAAUAUUCACAAAGUCUUUUGUUGUUACAGUUGUAUAUAGGAAUUUAAAGGAUAUUUUAAAAAUCAGAUGCACUUUUUUCAUUGCAUGCUUCAAAUCCUGAAGGCAAAAUUUAUACUUAAGCAGACAAUUAAAAAGACUAGUUUAUACAAGUAAAACUUUCAAUUAUGUGAAAUUCUCAUACACAUAAGAAGCAAGCAGCACACACUUGACGGUGAGAUAGACUUAUUUAAGAGUUUUCCAAGAGAAAAAAGAAACAACAGUAUAAAAUCUUUCCUUUGGUACUAUAGUUUUGCUGGAAUAUCUUUAUUUUUUGUUUUUCUUUUUGUAGGAAGAGGAGGAAUAUUUUACUUAGAAAAGGAGCCUUUAGUUUUUCUGCCCUUCUGGAGAUAAUUUAAAAUGUGAAUGAGUUUGAUAUUUUAACAAUGAUUUAUUUAACAAUAAAACCCACUUUAUAAAGCAUAUACCCAGUUCUAUUGAAAAGAUGAUAAUCUGAGGUGGAAAGAGUGUGUGUGUGUGUGUGUGUGUGUGUGUGUGUGUGUGUAUUGGAAACAGGCAGGAGAGAGGGCACACAGCAAAGGGAACUGAGUAAUUAGCAUUCAAAUAGCUUUUGGCAAUCAUUGGGUUGUUUGUUUGCCUUUUUCCCUUAACAUUCAACCUGAAAAUGUCUGAUUUUAGGAGUAGAAGGACUUUAAUUUUACCAAUCUUCGGAAUUUCCAAUGUAUAAUCAGUUUUUCUCAUAGACAUGGGAACACUAUCUUAACACCACUCACCCAGAUCCUCUAGGGCAAAAAUGUCAAACUCACAGCUUGAACCUAAUUAAAAUGUAAUUGAGAAGUUUACCAAAAAUAAAUAAAAAUUUAAUUCAACAUA